AUGCUAGCAUUAAGACAAUCUUCUUUAAGGGUUAUGAGACCAGCCAGCAGAAUGUUAUCUACUUCGAGGAUAAUGUGGCAAUCUAAUAAACCUGUUACAGGUACAGCUCAUAAUUUAGCUGAAGUUAAUGGUCCAGAUUCUCUUAUUGGUCAAGGUGGUAAAGAAGGCACAGUUCCAACUGAUAUAGAUCAAGCUACAGGUUUAGAAAGAUUGGAAUUAUUAGGUAAAUUAGAAGGUGUUGAUGUUUUUGAUACUAAACCAUUAGAUUCCUCGAGAAAAGGUACUAUGCAAGAUCCAAUUUUGGUAGAAUCUUACGAUGAUUACAGAUACGUCGGUUGUACGGGUUCUCCUGCAGGUUCUCAUACCAUUAUGUGGUUGAAACCAACGGUGAAGCAAGUUGCAAGAUGUUGGGAAUGUGGUUCUGUUUAUAAAAUUAAUCCAGUUGGUGUUGAAGAUCCAGAAGGAGGUCAUCAUCAUUAA